AUGGUCCAAUUUGAUUUUACAUUCAAACAAACGCAUCUCUCCCAUCUCUCUCUAAUGGAGUUUGGCAGAAUUCUUUCUUUCCUUGAACACAGCUCCAUUCUUGUCACUGGCGCCAAUGGCUUUCUAGCUAAGAUCUUCAUUGAGAAGAUAUUGAGGGUACAACCAGAAAUCAAGAAGCUAUAUCUUCUUUUGAGGGCGCCAGAUACUAAAACAGCCAUGUCACGUUUCAACACUGAGGUUAUGGAAAAGGACUUGUUCAAGGUUUUGAAAGAGAAAUAUGGGGACAACUUAGAUUACAUUAUUUCGGAAAAAGUUAGAGUUGUUGCUGGAGAUAUUACCUGUGAGAAUUUGGGUGUGAAGGACCAAUAUUUGUUGGAAGAGAUGUGGGAAAAAGUUGAUAUCGUGCUUAAUUUAGCUGCCACCACCAAAUUUGACGAAAGAUAUGAUGUUGCUCUUGGAUUAAAUACGCUGGGAGUUGGGCAUGUUUGCCAUUUUUCUAGGAAAUGCAAACAAUUAAAGGUGCUCGUUCAUGUAUCAACCGCUUAUGUUUCCGGUGAAAAGGAGGGGCUCAUAUUGGAAAGCCCUUACAAAAUGGGGGAGACACUCAAUGGAACAUUGGGAUUAGACAUUGAUGAAGAGAAAAAAUUAGUGGAUGAGACCCUAAAACACGUAAAAGAUGAGAAUCGCUCUGAAGACUUCAUUGCAGCAACUAUGAAAGACUUGGGAAUCCAGAGGUUA